AUGGCCGCCGCACUCACAAAAUUCAAACUAAUCUUCCACGUCCCCCCAACCUCCCUCGAACCCGUCAAAAGCGCCGUCUUCGCCGCAGGGGCAGGCCGGUAUCCAGGUCCUGGAAGCUACACAGAAUGCUGCUGGGUGGCUUCUGGAACGGGCCAGUUUCGGCCAGGUGAUGCAGCUAACCCUGCUAUUGGGAGUGUUGGGGCGUUGGAGAAGAUUGAGGAGUUGAGGGUUGAGACGCUGUGUGUUGGGGAGGAUGUUGCCAGGAGGGCGGUUGAGGCUUUGAAGAAGGCCCAUCCGUAUGAGGAGCCUUCGUAUGGCGUUAUUCGGUUGGAGAACUUCUGA